AUGUCACACAUUGAAAGAUUGGUGGACAAGGUAGCCAUAAUCACAGGAGGAGCUAGAGGAAUCGGAUUGGCGACUUGUAAGCUGUUUAAUGAGCAUGGCGCAAAGGUUAUAAUUGCAGAUGUGAAUGAGGAGCACGGUCGAGCAGCAGCUUUGCAGUUGGGGCCCAGCGUGCUGUACAAAAGAACAGAUGUCACUCUUGAAGCGGAAAUUCAAUCCACCGUCGCAUUCGCGCUGAAAGAAUUCGGCAAGCUGGACAUAAUGUUCAACAACGCGGGAGUCAUAACGCCGCCGGAUGAUAAGUUGGAAAACUUGGACCUCAUCGAGUACGAUCGAUACACCUCGAUCAUGGUCAGAGGCGUUCUGUGCGGCAUCAAGCAUGCUGCAAGAGCCAUGAUUCCCCGUAAAAGUGGAACCAUUUUGACAACCGCAAGCGUGGACGCAGUCAUGACAGGGCCAGACCUGCCCUUGAUCUACAACCUCAACAAAAAUGCUCUUCCGGGAAUCACCAAAAUCGCAGCUUUCCAUCUUGGAGGAAAGGGAAUCCGAGUGAACUGCAUAUCCCCACACAGUGUUCCCACCGGGAUGGUUAUUGAUUACAUGCAGUCUCUUGGUCGAGAAGUUGAAGAGGAGAAACUCAUCGCUGGCUACACCAAAAAGUCUCCCCUACUGGACAAGCACUGCACUCGAGAAGACAUAGCAGCUGCCGCUCUGUUUCUUUGCAGCAAUGAUUCCAAUUUCAUCACUGGUCAGAACUUGGUGGUGGAUGCAGGCUUUUGUAACUUCAAGGUCUUCGGUUGUGUUGAAGACUGA